CCCAAAUCCCCCACCUUCUCCGCUUUCCAAGCUGCCCUGGCGCCAUGACGUGCGAUGACGCGACGACGUCGCGGCCACUCACCCCACGGACUGCUGCGCGCUGCUUGGGCGUGGCUCCAGAUGCGGAGGAGGCCGAGCUACGGCGCGCCUAUCGCGCGGCGGCGAGGCGUUGCCACCCAGACAAGCAGAGAGCUGAGGGCCAAAGUGAGAGCUACGUCGAGGGCGGCUCCGUGAGGGCUGCGAGCGAGGAGUUCUUGAGGCUUCAAGAGGCGUUGGAGCUUCUUCUGCAUCCACCCAGCUCGGCACCCUCGACGGCGACAACCUGCGAGAGUGAGAGGCUCGACAAGCACUUCUUCGGCACCCAGUUCGGCUCGGAUUCCUUUGAUCCUCGCGCUUGGCUGGGCGAGGCGGCCCUCACGGAAUCGCCUGAGCGUUUACUUUGCGUCUGGCGUUGCAAGAGCUGCCCGGAGCCGAGCUCCGUGUGCUGCCGCCUGAAGCUCAGGAAGCAUCUUUGCUUCUGCGGCCACAAGGUGGAGGCGCACCUCCAAAAAGAUCGCCCUGGGUGCAUCCAUCCGGCCUGCCGCUGUCAACGACUGGAGUUCUAUGUGCAACAACUGGGAUGGGAAGCCCGCUGCAGUUGCAAGCACCACAUUCGGGAUCACCAACAACUGAAUGGCCAACCAUUUCCUUGCAGCAAGCGAUUGCCUGGCAAAGACAAGAAGCCUUGCCCUUGCAAAGGUUUCAACAUCUCCUGGGUUUGCACCUGUGGACAUCCCGCCAGCGAGCACGAAAGCACCUGGCAACUGGUCACCUCCAAGGCCGCCUUCGCACGUGAAUGGGUGGCACAGGGCCUACGGCCCGAAUGCGUGGCAGAAGCGGAGGAGAAGCGGGCGCGCUGGCAGCAGCAGGCGGCGGACCGCGCGGCCCGCAGUGGCGGUGAGGUAGCGCGGGAGCAGGUGAAAGCCCAGGCUCAACGCAUGCAGAUCUCCAUGUGCGCCGAAGCCAAGAUGUUGGAGGCGGUGGAGCAAACUUUGGAUGGUCGACGCUUGCCACGCUCAGCUUCGACCGCCGUGACGAAGCCAGGACCGGGCUGCGCAGACGGUAGACGUCUUGGAUCGUCUUGGUGCCGCGCUCCGCGCGACCGCGCAGCGGAAGCCAGCAUCAUCCCCCAGAAUGGUCCGACUGGAAUCGCAACUCCUAGGACCCUCCUCGACUUGUAGGACCCCCAGUCACGACUCAUGGGACUGCCAUGCCUACAUUGACCCACGACUUCGACCACCCCUGGCCGUUUCGUCCGUCCUGGCAGUCCCAGACAGGUCGUGUUUGGGUACCUGGACCAAUCAGCUCCGGAGUUCGCCGCUGUCCGCCGGUCCGUGACCGGAACCCAUGACGGCACGAGAGACUCGGGGAGACUGGCACCGGACUGGGGCCUUCUUGAAGGAGGUGGAUGAGCUGCAUGUGGAGGUUGUUCUGGCAAGGGGGAUUCUUACAAUAUAAACUAUAUGGUUGCUUCAACC